AACAGGAAGCGCCGACUUCAAAGUGUGAUUUCACAAACAACAACCUAUUUUGAUCUGAACGCAAAUUUUCAGCAGAUAGCGAGACUGUCUACGCUCACAAUUGGCUUCCAGAAAAGUCAAUAUACAGGUGCAAGCACACAUGUCAGUAAAGGUGGAAAUAUUUGACCUGUUGUAAAGUGAGCUCUUAAGUGAAAGACCAUGGCUUCUAUGACUUUUAUGCCUUAUGUCGACAAGGAGAAUGCUGGAUCGUUAGGAAUUCACCCAGGCAAGGGGCAACAACGAGCAUCAUCUGGACUGGGAGGUGGCAAAGUUUUCGGAAGUUCUGCACAAAAAAAGUUGGUGACACCCCGGAGAGCUCUAGGUGAUGUCAGCAACCGUGGUCUGAGCUUAAACUCCAACUCACAGGGCCUCAAACAACAGAAGCCAGCUUUCAAACCACCAUCAUCACAACAGAAAAAGGGUUUGAAGCUUCAAGGAAACAAACAGAGUAAUGUUUUACAGACAAAGACUGUGACCAAGGAGAAAGCCGUCCCCAUCGAACCUCACUAUGACGAGAUUGAACACAUGCAUAUUCCAAAGAAAAUUGAAGAUGACGAUUUUGAGGACAUUUGGCCAAAGUCCGAGAGGAUCAGCACAUACAUUUCACAGCUGAUCAGCUGGCGCCCUCCAUGUCCAUUCAGCCAUCUGCCAGAGUCAGGUGACGAAACUGAUGAAGAGGAGGAACGAAAGAAACGAAUGGAGGAUUUAUACAAUGUCUUGGAUAACAUGCCAAAACCUCUACCCUCUGUCUGUGAUUUACCAGACCUGGAUGACGACAACAUUUGGGUGCCUGAACCUGUGGAAGCUGUUUCAUUCCCGUCUAGUGUGGACUUUUGUGAAAUAUCUUUACCUUUGGACGAUUCCUUGGACAUUCUUCCUUAUGUUGGAGAGCUCAGAUUACAUGAGACACCUUGAGUUAGCAUCAAUUUGAUGCGGUUGGUGUUGACUUUAAAACAUUUGUUGUGAAUCUCUAAGUCAAAGUUUCAGAAGCUAGAUUUUUUUUUUUAAUUCAUCUCAUUUAAUUUACUGGAAUUUGAAUGUGAGUGCAAAUUUCAAACCAGAUUUCACAGAUUAUAUCUCAUUUCAUCAAGAUUCCAUUGUCAGAACAAGGUGUUCUAUACUACACAAAGUUAAAGUUUGAUACUAUAUAUACAUAAUCAUAAUGCAAAUCAUGUACUCCAUGCCACAGCAGGACAGCUGCUCAAAAUUGAAAGAACCCAAAGGACAUACAUGUACUCAUGAAUGUUUUACAUAAGAAAAUAAUUUGAUGUACUCUGACUAGCAUUAUGCAUUAAACCCACAUAUCACUGCAGCACCUCUGUACACAGCAGUUAUAAAAAGGUAACUAUUACAUUGGAUUCAUUAGCCAAUGUUAAUAUUCUAUAAUACACUGAAUGAAAAUAGUUCUAAUGUUCUAAAGUUAAAAAAAAAAAGUAAAUCUCCCAAAAUUGGGGAUUAUGCAGUUAGAUGUAAGAAAAACACACCGAAAAACACACCGAAAACCAAAAGAUUUGUAGUAGGUUGUGCAGAAAGUGUGAUCUGAGUAUACUACUGUCAGUAAUGCUUUAAAAAUGUUUACUGGGCUUCACAGAAACUUUAAUACAAAAGCAGCUACCUAUGUACCUUAAUGUAUUACAAGCUUAGUGUCAGUUACAUUUCAUUAUACUACCUGGUAGGUGUUUACAACAAUACUGAAUUGUGUUUUCUGAUAUGGAAACUAGUCUGCAUGAAAUCCCACUUCACAUCAGUAGUGUUGUAUACUGUUUUCAUUUUUAUUUGAAAAAGUUUUUGACUAAAACUUUUCCCAUGACUAAAUACUGUUUGACAAUUAUUGAUUGUUGAAUUGUCAAUGAAUUUGAAUGUACAUGUAUUUGAAACACUUCUUUCUGUGGAGCAAAUUUCUAAUAAUGCUUUGCGAUAUCUGCACUAUUUUGACCAUUGAGAAUACAUCACAUGUUUCAGUUUCCCAGUUUCUUUGAUGCAAAUUCAGAAUUCCAUAACAACAAGAAAAGAAAUAUCUCCAAGGUCAGUUUAAAUCGGAAUUUUAACACAAGAACAUGAGAAAGGUUUAAACGGUGUGGAGUAAAAUUGCAAAUUUUUUAAUAGAGACAAAAGUAUAAUUGUAUAAAUUGUGUUGUUUUUUUUCCAAUUAUUUUCUCUCUCUUUCUCUCUCUUUCUCUCUCU